CGCCGCUAACACAUAUGGAGUGUCAAGAGGAAAAGCCAAUCAUCUAUACCAUGGAAAACAAGCCGAUUGUAACAUGUGCUGGAGAUCAGGGCUUGUUCACGUCUCUUUAUACCUCAUUGGCACAACAACUUCCCCGGGAGCCAAUGGAGUGGAGGAGGACUUACGGCCGUGCACCAAAAAUGAUCCACCUUGAAGCUAAUUUUGUCCAGUUUAAAGAGGAGCUCCUCCCGAAGGAGGGCAACAAGGCUCUUCUCACCUUUCCCUUCCUGCAUAUCUAUUGGACUGACUGCUGUGAUACAGAGGUGUAUAAGAGCACGGUGAAGGAAGACAUGAUGCGCUGGCAAAACAGCUUGAGGACCCACGGCUCAGCAGACUGGGUCAUCAUCGUGGUGGAGACCAACGAUACUAAGAAGAAGAACAAGACGAACAUCCUGCCUCGGUCGUCGAUCGUGGACAAGAUCCGCAGUGACUUUUGCAACAAGCAGAACGACAGGUGUGUGGUUCUGUCAGAUCCUCUGAAGGAUUCGUCUCGGUCUCAGGAAUCCUGGAAUUCCUUACUUCUAAAGCUGCGAACUCUUCUCCUCAUGUCCUUCACCAAGAACUUGGGCCGCUUCGAAGACGACAUGCGAACGCUCAGAGAGAAACGCACUCAGCCUGGCUGGAGCUUUUGUGAAUACUUCAUGGUCCAGGAGGAGCUAGCCUUUGUUUUUGAGAUGCUGCAGCAGUUUGAGGAUGCCUUGGUCCAGUAUGAUGAACUUGAUGCUCUUUUUACCCAGUAUGUCCUUAACUUUGGAGCUGGAGACACAGCAAACUGGCUCGGCUCAUUCUGCGCACCGGUGCGUAACUGGAGCGGUUUGCUGCUUCGGCGGCCCAUCGACAUGGAGAAGCGGGAUGGGAUCCAGCGUGGGGAGGCCAGCCUGUUGGACCUGAGGAGCUACCUGUUCUCUCGCCAGUGCACUUUACUCAUCUUCCUCCUGAGACCCUGGGAGGUCACACAGAGAGCCCUGGAGUUGCUCCACAACUGUGUCCAGGAGCUACGCCUGCUGGAGGUGUCUGUCCUGGAUGGGGCGCUGGACUGUUGGGUGUUUCUCAGCUGUUUGGAGGUUCUGCACAGGAUCGAGGGCUGCUGUGAUCAGGCCCAGUUAGCUGCAAACUGCUCCCAUACUGUUGGCCUCUGGGCUUAUGCUACAGACAAGCUGAAGUCUCUGGGGGAACUCUGUGGCCUGGUGUCAGAGAAGGGACCCACAUCUGAAGACCUGAACAGAACUGUGGACCUGCUGGCUGGACUGGGAGAUGAGAGACCUGAGACGGUCAACAGCUUGCAGAGCCCUUACAAAAAGCUGAAAGAAGCUUUGUCGUCUGUAGAAGCUUUUGAAAGGCACUAUCUUGAACUCUCUCAUGCUGCUAUGGAAAUGUACCGCGCCAUCGGCCGGCUGAGGUCUGCCAGACUGGUGGGAAAAAGCUUGGCGGAGUUCUACAUGAGGAAGGGGGAUCCUGAGCGAGCAGAAACCUUUUUACAGGAAGCUCUGAAGUCUUACGUAUCAGAAGGCUGGAGACUCCCUGUGACUCACACCAGGAGACAGAUUGCAGAGUGUCAGAAACUGCUGGGCAGAACUGAAGACUACUUGCAAACCAGUGCCUUGUUGGCAGGUGAUGUGAAUCUGACCACAGAGGAGAGGAAGCACUUUUGUCAGGAAAUUCUGAGCUUCGCUGGCAAGUCUGGAGACAAGUCUAACAAAGUCUGUCUCAGCAUGAGUGUUUUUGCUCAGCUCACACGGUUACAGUUCCAUCCAGCGACGGCCUCGGUGCACUCUGGAGCCAUCCUGCAGGUGGAGCUCACUCUACGAUGUUUGAUGCCCGUGUCGGUGCGCAUACAGCAACUAGCUGCUAGUAUUCACUUUGAUGUGGAUCAUGGAGGGACUCACGGAAGGUCUAAGGGAGCUCAGAGACAAACAAACCCAGGGACAGUAGAGUUUAACCACGGUAGCUCAUCAGCGGGGCCUCCCUCCUCCUCGGCCACCGGCCCUUCAUUAGAGCUGGAUGAGAUUCAGGACAGGAGUCCUUCGGACAAUUCUCUCAACUCUACAGGAGUGGUGUGUAAAAACACUCACCUGAUCAUGCGUCGUCAUGACAGCAAUUCACCGCCGGACACGCCCAACUGUGUCAGCCCUCCUACUGUUGCCAUGAAGGAAGGAGCACAGAUGCUGAAGGUGCAGGAUGUAACGUUAGAGCCUGGGAACAACAGCAUCACCUUUACAGCACCAAGUGAACAGCCAGGUACUUACACGUUGCGUCAGCUGUGUGCCACAGUUGGCGAGGUGCAGUUUGUCCUGCCUCACAUCUAUCCGUCGGUCCAGUAUGAAGUGUAUUCUCAGGAGCCCCAGCUCACCGUGGAGCCUCUCUCAGAGCCGCUGUUGGCCGGCCUGCCUCAGAUGGUGAAGUUUACUCUGUUGACGGGUCACUACGCUGUGAAGAAGGGAGAUGCUUUGCAGCUCAGCAACACAGACACCAUGCCCAUCCUGCCCUCCAGCAGCUGCACUGCCCGCAUCAGCAGCCCUACUGCUGAGUUGGUAGAUGAAAGCACUCUGUCCAUCCAGUCGUCUGAAAAGGUGACCAGCAUCACCCUUCCUCCCACUCCUCCCUACCACACUCUGGAGUUCCAGCUGGAGGUUUUGUGCAUUAUCCCGUCCGGAUCCGAGCGACCCGCCAAUGAGAGGCUGACCAACGGGGAGGUGCGCCAUCGACCUCGAAGCUACAGUCAUCCCGACACGCCCAUGACCGCCAUCGACCAGAGGAUGUCCAUCGACUGUCCGUGGUCGAUCUACUCCACGCUGCUCGCCCUCACCUUCUACAUCCCCUUCAAGACCAAACACUCACUGCUUUCUGCUGGUAACAGGAAGUACAUCCAGGUGUGUGUGCAGAACGUGUCAGAUGUGAACUUCACGCUGGCAGAAGUGAAGCUGACAGAGAAGCAACACGUGUCACUGGAGCUACAAUCCCUCAACACUAAAACACAACAGCUUCUGUGCAGUAAGCACAGCGUGUUCUGCCUGUGGGAGGUGAGGUGGAAGGAUGACCUGCCCUCCUGUCUCCAGUGUGUUUUCUCUGCCAACUUUUCUCCUCUCAACCAAGACAUCUCUGCCUUCAAACCCUUCCACUACCAGUUCCAGCUCGAGAGAGUCACUACAUUGUACAGUGUGAGAGCAGAGAUUUUGCCUCCUGCCGGUGAGCAGCACUGUCGCUCAGGUUUCCUCUGUGGACUUGAGGUGUGUAUAACACGACUGACUGAACCUGCAGAAGGAGAGGUGGCAGAGGACAGCAAGACUGACACUGAUGGCCUCAGAACCACCAAACUCAUGUAUGAAGUGGCUGACAGCAGCAGUAACUGGGCGGUGUGUGGAAAGAGCUCAGGGAUGGUGUCAAUGCCCAUGACGGCCAAUGCCACCCACAAGGUGCAGAUCGAGGUGAUGCCGCUGUUUGCGGGACACCUGCCCUUCCCCAAGAUCAAAGUGCUGAAGUACCUGCCUCACACUGCAGCGGUGGCCAUUCAGCCAGACCCGGAUAGCUGCGUGGAGAAUGACAGUCUGUCCCUGCUGGACAAGACGCUGGACGACCAGGCGGACACAGCGAGCAUCCGCAGCCGAGGCAGCGUCCACUCUGUGGGCAGCGGCGACCAGCAGCAGAAGGGUGUGGCCAUGCCACGUCUCGAGCCCUUCAGCCCCGGACAGGUGUUCAACCACACCCACGCACGCCAGGUCCUGGUGCUGCCCUCCACUGACGACCACAUCAUGGAGGUCAACGCCACAUGACCCUGGUGGCGAGACCACCCGAACCCUUGUUGUCGGACUAAACCCGGAUGGACUCCACCGAGCCUUUGCUCUGGGGCGGAUCGGGUCCAUGAGUCCAUGUCAAACACCGCCGCAGGUUGCCGGUAUGGACUCACCCCCUAAAGCAUGAAACGUUCACAUCACUGGAGACAUUAUGGACUAGACAGUGACGAGCCAAUGACAUCUGCUGAUAAAUUUAAAUAAAGAUUUUUCUUUGCCAUACUUUGUACAUAGCUCAUUGAAUGGAUUUAUAGGUAUAAAUAUAUAAAUAUAUAUAUGGACUGAUCGAUCAGAUCGGCGCCUGAAGAAAAACACUCCUGAUUGUCCCAUGAUGCACCAAAGUCCUAGAUGUGUGUACGCCUCGAUCAGCUACUCAAGUACUGUAACUUCGACUGAGUGUGUCCAGCUCUAAGUGCUUCUCUGAGCCUCUCGAGUCAUUUCUUAUAAUUGAGACUUUUAUGAUUGCAAUCAAGUUGCUGAAAAUGCUGCUGUUUUAAAGUCUAAACCAAGCAGGUUAGCAAACAUUAUUGCAACUUUGGAGACAUAUCCAUAAUCCUGACAUAUUUUUCUGUCCUGUCAGUACAAAAAAAUAGUCAUCCAGGUGUAAAUUAAAGUAGGGACUCUGUAAACUCGACAGAUGUGAGACGCCAGAGAUGAGGGUUGUGUAGCGUCAUUGUGAGAGACAACCAACGCACCUUCUGGGGCCUCAAAGGUUCUGGUGAAAUAUUUCCCAUUUCUCUGCUGAGUUUUUGCAAUUCGUUGACUGAAAAUGAUCCAUAUUACCUCAGAGUGCUUUUCCCCACACAGCUGUUAGCAUGAGGAGUCAGGAGAGAAACUACGUGAGUGCUGCGAGGUGCUACAGUGAAGUCAUUCCUCGGAAAUUAACAGUUUUUUUACUGUCAUGUAAGAUGUGAUGAUUCAGUCUAAGUAGCAAAAACUUGCAACGAUAGUCACCCAAUCUGACACAGAAACCAUCCUAAAGGUAAAAUAUUGUGUAGUCUCAUCCUGAAAUGGCACUUUUCUCCAGAUGAUUACAGUUGUAAUGUUGUCAUGUGAAGUAAUGUUGCCUUGUUUUCUGAUUUUCAACAGUAUACAAGGAGUUCCAAACUGUUACGUCUACAUUUAAACUAAUUUUGGUGCCAGCUGCUCAAUUAAUGAGACACUAUAUCUAAAGUUUAAAUGCUUUGCUCACUGAUUCGUAGAUCCUCAGACAAUAAUAACUUCACUUUAGGUUAAAUAAUUAGUGGUAUUUAGUCAAAUGAAUUCCUGAAAUGUGUUGGAAGAUUCAAGAAGUGUUUUUUUCAUGACAACAUGAUGAAAAUAUACAAAUUAAAAAUGCCUACGCUGUAUUCUAAAUACCUGUCUUAGUCUUAAGUCUUGCAGGACAGAAAAGUGAAGACAUAAUUAGCACAAAGCUCUCAAAUGUGAAAUGCCUGGAGAGGCUCGGGCCGAGUGUAGCGGUGUGUGUCGUGUUUCUGUUUAGCUGUAGUUCUGUGUACAUGCGAGGAUCUGUGAUUUGCAGGUGUGCGCGAUCGGGUGAGGCUUCGACACAAGGGUCGGCCACGCGCAUCGCUGUCUUAUCUAUCGUCAAUGGAUUGUUCAUGCUGUAUACUGAGUGUGCAUAUUUAUUCUGUGUGUGGGGUGUGUGUGCGUCGCCAAAUCUGUGUCCGAGCUAUGCACACAUGCCGCUGAAUGGAUGAGUGAAGUAGAUUACUGGAUUUAUUCAUUCAUUUCUGUCAAAGGAUGAAUGUCUGCUACCCCCAACCCCCCACUACUACCACCACCAGCCCUCCUGUCCUCCUCCCUUCCCCUGGCGCAGGCACACAGUGUAACUACAGCCCCCUGCUCCUCUUCGACCACUGUACAUACUGAUGUGUAAAUAAUGAUUCAAAUGAAAAUCAUCUUUGAUUGCCAACUAUAUUAAAAAAUCAUUGGAACUGA